UGGGCGCCAAGAUGGAGAUGUGGGGUCUGUAGUCGGCACUAUGAGCUCUGCAAUGACGGUGCAAGCCAAAGAACUGCAAGCCUCCCGGAUAGCUAUGCCCAAGAAUGCUCCUGAAUUUGAUCCUGGCCCCCUUUUGGAUGAGCCUCACCGUACAGUCUACACUGACCCGGUGAGCCUUGCUCGGCCUGUGCUCGAGGCUAGGAUGCCUCCACGGAUCAGAGUUCAUGCCACACCAAUCGAAGCUCUAGCUUUUGUAGAGAAGUUGGAUCAGCACCACCGCUUGCGCUUGGCUGAAAAGGAGGAGAUCCGCCCUUCCCACCUUUGCGGAGCAUUUGCAUUGACAAAGGAUGCUGAAUUUGAUCGUCUUAUACUAGAUGCCCGACCUCCUAACGACCUAGAGAGUACAUUGAAUGAUUGGGUUCAGACAUUAGGAGCCAUCCAGCCUGUGCUUCAGAUUGAACUUUCCCCGGAAGAAGAUCUUCGGUUCUCUGGGACGGACCUCAAGGACUAUUACUACUGUUUUCGAGUCAGCCGUCGCAGAGCCCUCCGAAACGCCCUUCGUCUACCGCUGCGGCCUUCCCAGGUUCGACAUUUGCAUGCAUACAAGGACCAUAUGAAGAGUGCCAAAGUUCUAUAUCCCUGCCUGUCGACUAUGGCCAUGGGUGACAACAAUGCAGUAGAGAUAGGUCAGAAGGCGCACAUGAAGAUAGGGUUGACAAGUCAGCUUUUUCGAUCUCAUGAACUCCUCACGAUCCACGGCCGUGCACCUCGAGGGUCCAUGGCGUGCGGAGUGGUGAUUGACGACGUCCUCUUCUGCGAGAAGGUCAGUCGUGACUUGGGAAAAGAAGGACAAGAAGGGGUCAGAACGGAGGGAGUGCGCCGGUUGGAAGCCUUGUGUGAGGAGUACGUCCAGCGUGGUCUCCUUCCUCAUCCUAAGAAGACUUUUAAAGGGGACAAGACAGCAAGUAUUUGGGGAGCUGAAAUCAACGGGUCGACGGGCGUGUGCAGGCCGGCUGCUCGGCGAUUAGUUCCUCUGCUUCAGCUCACGAUGAGAGUAGCCCGGCUAGGCUACGCUUCAGUGGCUUUGCUGGAAAUUUUAUGCGGGUGCUGGAUCUCGAUCUUGCAAUUCCGUCGCAGGAUGAUGUGUCUGUUGCAAGAGACCUAUAAGGUACAGAGAGGGAGACAGAGAACUGAUGUCAUCGCCCUGGCUGCUCCGUUAGUGGAUGAGUUGUGGGUUUUGUGUUUUCUAGCCCCCUUGGCUGCCACCAACCUCCGUGCCUUUACCCAUGAUGAGAUCUUUUUAUCCGAUGCCUCUGAGAGCUGCAUUGCUGCGGUGAAGACUCAAGUGUCUCGCUGUUUUGCCCAGGAGCUGCGACGUCAUUGCCUGGCUCGUGGGACCUGGAGCCGCCUUCUAGCGCCUUGGCAUAGUUGGAUGAGGGAGCACGCAAAUUUGCUUCCGGAAGAUGAGCUCCCGGACGGAGUCCCUCUUGUUUCUCAUCCUCUUUGGACGAAGCUAGCCCAGUAUCUUGCUUUUUCUGUCUGCUCGCGGAGAAUAGUCUCGCGACGCAGGCAUAUCAACCUUUUGGAGAUUGAGGGGAUUCUAGAUGUGGAGCGCAAACUAGCGUCUAAUAGAUCUUCUUUGCGCUACCUCCUCGGAGCAGACUCCCAAGUAGCUCUAGCCGCCUUAGUGAAAGGCCGCUCCGGAUCUGACAGGAUCAAUUCUCUGUUAGAGGAGAGCCUCCCCACAAUUUUGGGGGCCGAUCUUUACGGGGAGUACGGCUACGUGCCGUCAUUAGCGAAUUGUGCGGAUGAUCCAACUCGGGACAGGCCCGUCAGAAGGCCUUGUGAAGAUCCCCCAAGUUGGCUAGCUGAAGCCCUGGUAGGAGAAUUCAAAAAUUUUGAUGAGUGGUUGAGCCUGACCGGCUAUGCACCGCAGCAGCUGGCCAAGCUCCCAUUUGCCAAUGCGUUUUGUACAGAUGCUGAAGCUGUCAAUGAGGAAGUUCUGCUGCCGCUGAGGUCUGUAGCAAAGCCUCAACGUUUGCAAGUUUUUGACGAUGUGCAAGCUGCGUGUAGCAGGCUCAAAGAGCCCGCCAUUGUACAAAAGGAAGAAUCGGAACAAGGAGCAUCUGAAGAGUCUGAUGACCAAACCAAGAAUCGCGACAAGAGCCCGCUAAAAGUUGAAGAAAGCGGUGAGGCCGUCCACCAUUGUGUUGCUUCUGGAGAGGUAGCUCCACCUCCUGUAACUCUAGAAACUGCUGACGGCGCCGCCGACGCUGCAGAGCUGCCGAUAGCUGAGAAUCCUUGCGCUGGCGCUUUAGCUGCGGAGGCUCGGGCGCUUCUUCGCGAGUUCGCGCCGGACCAGUUUGUGCUGCCUGGAGGGAGACGAGCUAAGACCACACCUGCGCUGCAACGCAAAGGCUUGACCACAACUGGCCGGCAGUGGAAGCUGAAGAUCGGCGCCUGUGCUCACUGCAAUCCUGAGAGGAUUGGAGAGGCUUCAAAACCCGGCCCAGGUCGGUGGCGGCGGCCUCAGCGAGACGCUCAGGAGUUGCUGGAUGUGCGUCUGGUUGAGAAUCAUACGUUUGAGCUGCAGAACCGCGUAUGGGCGCGGUUUCAGGAGUGGCUGUCCAAGAAUCUUUCUCUAGAAGCCCGGCACCAACUUUUUCUGUGUCCGGAGAUUGCUGUCAUGGUUCUAGAACGGUAUGGGUUGCACCUCUUUGCCACUGGGGGAAAGCUCUACGAGUUGAGACACAUUCUAGUGCUGGUACAACAAGAAUAUCCCCGCAUCCGAAUUGCCACGUACUGGACCUUGCUGGCAACUAGUGACACGAUGGGAGCUGCAUCAGCCUGUGAAACAUAG